CUUUAUUCAAGAUGUCUGAAAGCUCACUCAAGUUGUCAAAGAGAUUAUUGAACACUAAAAAUAGCUCUAGAAAGUGAAUAAAUUACUCAACCAAGACAGAGGCCACCCCUCGACCCAAGAAAGCUGGCUCCAAAUAAAGCGAAUUUGCUUAACAAGACCAGCAAUUUGUUGAAAGCAGUUAAUUUGAAGAACUCUUUAGAUGGUCAGAAAGGCUCGACCGAGGCUCUCUCUAAGAGCUCUAAAUAAGCCUGAGAAGAGGCAUGCUAAGCCAAAGGCGAAACUUAGUAAAACUAAAGGGGCUAAGGUUCCCAAGACCCAAGGAAAUAUGCAAAUCGGGGUAACACAAGCUAAUGGGCUUGAAAAUGAAAUAGUUAAAAUUAUUGAAGCCAGAAUUACCCUUGACAAACAGAAAGCACAGAGAGCAUCCAAAAAGGUCCAGCCUGGUGCUGUCAUUGAGGUCAAGAACCAGUCAGAUCUUGUCAGCCUCUUACCAGAUAGAAACCCUGACGACCAAGGUAAAAAGACGUUAGUUCUUGACCUUGACGAAACCUUGAUCCAUUCUGUAUUCAAGCCGGUGGAUGAUGCUGAUAUCAUCAUUAAAAUUCCAGAUGAAGUGACUGACCACGAAGGUAAUAAAUACACGCUAACGAAUGACAUAUACGUGUAUAAGCGACCAGGUGUAGACAUGUUCCUUAAGAGACUUUCAAGAUAUUUCGAAUUAGUCAUCUUCACUGCAUCUAUCGAUAAGUAUGCAAAUCCUGUCAUUAAUGCGCUAGAUACGCAAAAGUUGUGUCAGCACAGACUUUACAGAGAGCACUGCACUUAUAUGUACAGUGUGUUUAUUAAGGACCUGACCCGACUGGGAAGAAAAAUGGAGGACAUUCUUAUCCUAGAUAAUUCUCCAAUUUCUUAUCUGUUUCAAAAACAGAAUGCUCUUCCGAUCAAAACAUGGCUUGAUGACAGGAACGACAUUGAGCUAUAUAAAUACCUCAGACCUUUAGAGUAUCUCUCUCGCUGUGAAGAUGUCCGUAAUGUGAUAACCCAGAUUGUUGAUCAGGAAAGCAACCAGAUUGAUUUUGAACUAUUUGAUAAAAUAGCAUCUAAAGAGAGGAACUCUGGAGGGGUCUCACAAAAUUUGCUACCCUCCACUAUAGGCUGUACUGAGAGCUCCAAGCGGUACAGCUCAGAGACCAGAGAUGUAAUCCAGAAUAAGAUUGCAUUCAAGGCAUUGGAGCAGCCAAAACCUCCUUCACGUAAGAAUUUUAGUAAAAUCAGGUGCAAAAAUCAUGUAAAUAUGCCACCAGAUCUCGAUGAUGACUUCGAUGAAGAGAGUACUCUUCUCGUAAAGAAGGCUGAGAGCUCGCCUAUUGAAGAUUCAAAUGAAGAGCUAUCCCAAAGUUUCAGAAAGCCUGUCCUUUCGAGCCAGUACUCAGCUAUGAUCCCUAAAAGAGGGAUCGAGCUAAGUCCUAAAGAAAACCUGUCCACUUACUCACAUCAUCACAAAUCGAGCAUUGAAGAGUCUAAAGACAAAAGCAGUACUUCUAAGGAUAAAAGCAAGAAAUUUAUGAAGAAAUCGACUGCUAAAAGACAUGAGAUUAUCAAAGGAGGCUGCUUCAAGGCUUCUAAGAAGGAUCCAAGCAUGCUUAAGAAGUUAGAGAAGGACUCUCUCAGCUUCACUGAGGGGAAGUUCCUGGGUUCUCAUAAGAGCAGCCUUAGUCAGAAGGAAGCGCUUGUUCAAAGUGUCUAUCAUAAAAAUGGAACUAAAGGCUCAAAGCCCAGUCGAUCUCGCAUCCAAGGAAUUUGCAGAAACCAGAGCGAAAAGGCAAAGCAAAAGAAGAGACGGUACGAGGAGACCAAGCAGAGUAAUUUCUUAAGGACCUUAGAGCCUCCUAAUGCUCAGGUUGGGCAGGAUGUUCAUCCCAAAACCUCUAAGAAUUCUAAGAGCAACAAAUUCGGACUGGCAGGAGUAUGAUCAGGAAUCUAUAAAUCUAAAGAGUCGCUGAAAACAAACACUGCUAUUUCGAAAUCUUGACUGAAUGGAGGGACCUCUAAGAAAGGACUAGACUCUUCGAUCCUGGCAGAUCUUGAAGACAAAGCCAAGUCCAGGUUCAUCCCCAAUAGUCACAAUUCUAAGAGGAAUGAGGGUCAUAGCUUACAAGUUAGUGAGGCCAAGCCCAGGUCUGCAAAGAAACUCGACAUGAAAGUAAGGAAAAGAAGUCUCAAAGUCGCUCAAUCCUUGAAAGAUUCUCCAAGAGGUGAUGUCAGGAACAAAUAUACAGCAACAAGACGGAGAAUGAAUAUUUCCAGCAAGAAAAAUUCAGCUGUGAGGAAGCUUACCUCUGGUAAGAACAAAGAGCAUUCAAUGAAAGCGGACUCAAGAGUGGUCUUCCUUCAGAACAAUAUGAAGCUCAUGGUUGGAUCUAAGAAGGCUGUCAAUAGAAGCCAGAGUGACAAGAAUCGGAAAUCGAGCACUAAGUCUAACUUAUCGUUCAAAAUUCCAUCAAAACCUAACAUCAAAAAUCUUAGGCAGGCUACAAGCAGUAUGCAGAGCUCAUCCAGAUCAAGGGUUAGGGCUAAGAGACCAGAUGGAUCAAUGGAAGGCAAGAACUUCUUUGGCUCCAAAAAGAACGAGGCUAGGUAUAAGAAGCUUAAGAAGAAGUGCAAGCCUGCUAUUUUCAUGAACCGUGCAAUUAUCAAUCUUAACAACAGCAGGACUAACUCAGAAAGCUCUCAGAAGAGGCAGUCUAACAGCCGUGAGAGAUCUAUCGAGUCUGCUAAAUCAAAUAAAUCGGCUGGCUACAAGUCUGUUAAGAAUGGGACAAAAUAAAAAUUUGAAGUUAGGAGAUAAUAUGAAUUAAAUUCUAUAA